CUGUGACGCCCAAAGUUGGAAAAAAAGAAAAAAACAAAAGAAGCGGGCGAGAGCCGAGUCCCGAACCCUCCUCCGCACCGGUCUAGGGUUCCGGCGACCGAGAUGUCGAGUCCGCGGCCGAUGGCCACGCCGGCGAUCUCCUCCGGCGGCGGCGGAGGUGGCGGCGCCGCCUCCUCGCCGGCGGCGAGCGGCGGCGCGGUGCUCGGGGACGAGGCGAUCUGGAGGCGGCUCAGGGAGGCGGGGCUCGACGAGGAGACGGUGAAGAGGAGGGAUAAGGCCGCGCUGAUCGCCUACAUCUCCAAACUGGAAUCCGAGAUGCAUGAGUAUCAACACCACCUGGGCCUCCUUAUAAUGGAGAAGAAGGAGUGGACUUCUAAAUAUGAUCAACUUAAGGCCUCCGCUGAGUCUUCAGAGCUCAUGCACAAGCGUGAACGAGCUGCACAGUCAACUGCUUUAGCUGAAGCAAAGAAACGAGAAGAGAGCCUAAAAAAUGCAUUAGGCAUUGAGAAAGAAUGUGUAUUAAAUAUAGAGAAGGCUUUGCAUGAUAUGCGAGCUGAAUUAGCUGAAACAAAGGUCACAUAUGAAAGCAAGCUGGCUGAAGCCAAUCAAAUGAUGGAGGAUGCACAAAGGAAAUCUGAGGAGGCGGAAACAAAACUAAUUGCAGCGAGAUCUUUGGAAACAGAUUCUAUUCGAACUCGUGAUUCUGCUUUAAGAAGUUUGCAGGAUGUUGAAGCUCGUGAAGAUGAACUUAGAAGGCGUCUCGUUUCUUUCCAAUUCGAACGGGAGGCCAAGGAAAAUGAGAUCAGCCUUCAAAGGAAAUCUCUGAAUGAUAGUCAAAAGAUUUUGCAUGAAGAGGAAGAAAGAUUAAUUGAAAAACAAUCUCUUCUAAAUCAGAGGGAGCAAUAUAUUUUAGAAAGAUUGGAAAAUUUAAGCCAAUUUGAGAAAAAAUUGGAGGAGGAAAAGUCUAUAUUUGAAGGCGAACGGAAAGCUCUAACUGACGAGAGAAGUAAAUUGGAUCUUAAUAUUGCUGCGCUGGCAAUUAGGGAGGAAGCUAUUAUUCAGAAGGAAUCGCUGCUUGACAAAAGAGAACGCGAGUUGCUCAUUUUGCAGGAAACAAUUGCAAGCAAAGGACAAGUGGAGGUUCAAAGACUUAUUGAUGAGCAGCACUCUAUUAUGGAAAAGAGAAUGCGGGAAUUCGAAUCUGAAAUGGAAAAGAAGCGAUCGAUGUGGGAGGAUGAGAUGGGGGCAAAAAAGUUGUCUUUGGAUGAGAGAGAGAAUGUUCUAACUGAAAGAGCAAAUUCUAUUCAGGAGAGAGAAAAAGCUGUUGAAAUUCAGCUUACUGAGUUGGCAGCGAAGCAACAGGAGGUAGCCAAUAAACUAAACCAAAUAAAGGAGGAGGAAGAAAAUUUACUCUCUUCCAAAAGAGCAGCAGAAGUUGAGCUGAAAAAUAUGCAAAAAGAAAGGGAGGAUAUUGUGAAGUUCAAGGCAGACUCUGAGAAGACAAAAAAUUCCCUCGAGGGUGAAAAGCAAGAAGUGCUUCAUGCAAAAGAGAAGCUGGAACUCACUUUAGCUGAGAGAAAUGAGUUGCUUGUUCUGAAAACAAAGCUUAAAGAAGAAAUCGAUAGUUUUAGAGCACAAAAGAUUGAGCUGUUAGCAGAAGCUGAUAAAUUGCAAGCAGAAAAGGAGAGGUUUGAGAUUGAAUGGGAGCUAAUUGAUGAGAAGAAGGAAGAGCUUCAGAAAGAAGCAGAAAGAAUUGCUGAAGAAAAAACCGCAAUCUCUCAGUUUCUCAAGAACGAACAUGAUAGCAUUAAACAAGAGAAGGAGAAUUUGCGUAAUCAAUUCAAAAAUGAUUUGGAAUCAUUGUCUCGUGAGCGUGAAGAAUUUAUGACUAAUAUGCAGCAUGAACAAGCAAAUUGGUUGAGUAAGAUUCAGCAAGAAAGAGAAGAAUUUAAAAGGGAUAUUGAAAUUCAGAGAAAAGAACUACAGAAUUCUAUUAAUCAAAGGGAGGCGGAAAUUGAGACUUCUUUAAGAGAUAAAGAGGAAGAAUUUGAGCAGAAGAAAGCUAAAGAACUUCAGUAUGUAACUUCUCAAAAGGAUAUGAUUAAAAUGCAGCUAGAACAUAUAGCGUCACAGUUGGAGAUGCUCGCUAGUGAGAGAAAGCAGAUUGCUCUUGAUCGCGAACAGAGGGAGAGAGAAUUAUCUGAAAUCAAAAGCUCCAUUGAAUUGCUCAAUAUUCAAAGGGAAAAGCUGCAGGAGCAAAGGGAGUUGUUGCACAAAGAUCGGGAGGAAAUUACUAAACAAAUUCAAAUUCUUAAAGAAUUGGAAGAUUCGAACAUCGAAUCUGAAAAUAGGGCAUUAUCAGUGGUGCCCACUAACGAGUUAAGGGUGCCAAUCAAAAUGCACACAAGUAAUACCAAUAAUAAUGAAGAAGAGAUUAUUGAAGAAAGAAAUAUGGCUAUUAAGGUCAAGGCUUCUGAAGCUUCACCAUCAGCAUCAACUCCUGUUUUCUGGGUCAGGAGAUGUGCCGAGGUGGUAUUCCGGCGGUCUUCGGACAAAAAAGCUUAUUUUGUUGCCGAUAAAGAUGCCCAAAACAGAAAUUUGGAAAACAUUGGAAAAGUGAGGGAGGAAAAGAAGGAAAUUCAAUCAUCUUUAGCUGAAAAUGUUAGAAGUAUACAAACAGUGGUAACUUCGUUGGGAAGAAAAAGACUGAAAAAUUCUAUCCCUUGUAAUGAUGCAGACGCUGAGUUGGAGCCAAGCAGGAAGCUCCAGAAAAUAGGGAGACAAAAAAGAAGAAUAGAUGGGCAAGGAAAAAACAACUGUGCUCCUGAGGGUCAGCAACCAUGGUCGAGUGAUGAAAACCCUAAAAUUACAAAUCGAACAGGGCCAGAGAAUGUACUGAAAAUGUCAGAUGACGUGCUGUUGUUGGAUUCGGUUUUCAAUGGAUCACUAAAAACCCAAAAGCAGUUAAUAGACAAAGGUGCAUUUGACAGUGAAGGACCAUCAGAGGAGAUUACUACGCCUGCAGCUAAGCCAAUUGCCAGCAAUAAUCACUUUAAAAAGCAAGAUGUGGGCGAUCAAGAUACGGAUGAUGAAAUCGACGGUGAGGAUGAAGAUGAGGCCUCCGUGAAAGACAAGCUAUGGAAUUUCCUCAUCACAUGAUGAUUGGCAAUAUCGCUUGUAUCAUAAUACAACUUAGGAGAUUAGUUGCUUCAUCUGGUUUUUAGUGAGUUCACCGCCUAAAUGGCGUCUGAUUUUAGCGAAUUGGUUGUGUAUUGGGUUUUCGAGCGGUAGUUUUGUUAUCCGCUUGCGGGUUUUCUUUUUAGCUUUUUCUUUCUUGGGUCUUGUUUACAUAUUUUCUACUUUGGUCCAAACAUGUAAAAUGAUGGAGGUGUGCAGAAUAUGUAGACAGUUUGCUAUGAAAGGAAUUGAGAUAUAUGAUGAUACAAAGUUUCUAUGAAAAA